UAUGAAAAGAACUAACGAAGUUUUGCGUGAGCUAACGAAGUUUUAUAUCACUCAAACAAAUGUAUCAAUAUAGGCGACACCGUGUCCUUUCCACGUGAAAACAAAAUCGCCGUAUGGGUGAUAGAGGGAAUCAAACUUGUCCAGGAUCAAAUGCCUACGCUAGAUCAAAUUAAUGAUAUUGUUGAUAAUAUAAUAUUAAAAGGCAAUUAAGUGAUACCAAAGAGUUAGGAAAUGGACGUUGAAGGAUAUGACUGGAUAAAUAUCCGUAUCCGUACCCAAUAUCGAUGGUGAAUAUAUCGAGGAGAGCCCAAGCGACGAAGAGAUGAUGGAAGAACUCGUGGAAGAAGUUGUAGAAGAAACAUCAGAAGAUGAUGGAACCAAGCAAAUAGAGCAGCAAAGUAGUCAGUGUUUUGAAGACGAGUAUGAAGAUGAUAAGGACCAAAUAGAUAUUGACGACAAUUUUCUUGUAAGCUUACCUGAUUACAUAAGAAAUAAUGAAGAAGUAAUUUCAGAAAAUAGUCAAUAUGUUGUCCUAAAGGGAAGUAACCUCGGAAGUAACAAAAAAGAAGUUAAAAUUAAAAAAUCUACAUUGUUGUGGUUUUUAAUCAACCCAGAAAGAAAGCUAAGUUCUGACAGAAUACAAAGAGUAAGAGAUGUAAAAACGAAUGUUAGUUCAAGUUCGGGUGUAAAAGUUAGAAGCAAUCGAACUAAGAAAAAAACAGUAACUAUUAGCGAAACAGAUACGGAAGAUGAAGAAAGCUUUAAGUCAGGUUCAUCCGAUGACCAAUGGGAAGAACAACAUGACGACAACGAUGAUGAUUUAGAAAGUACAAAUGUAUUAACAAAUGGUGACUGGAUUCUGGUAAAGUUGCCAGGCAAAAAAUGUUUUAAGCACUUUAUUGGACAGAUUUUAAAAAUUAAUAAAAGUGAACUGACAAUAAAGUUUUGUAAAAAAUACUCUGAUAAUAAAUUCAAAUGGCCAGAGAAGGAAGAUAUUGCUGUUGUGAAUACCAUCUUCAGUGCCGAACUGUAUGCCAUAUGGCAAGCUCUGCUUUUCUGCCUUAUGAGCAAUACAGAGGAGAGCUUUGCUAUUGUAAGUGAUAGCCAGGGCGCAUUAAAUAGUAUUAAAUCUCGAUUUCCUCGGGACCCACUAGUGCAAAGGAUUCAGGCUGUUUACAGCAAUGUUGUCGAGGUUGGGAAAAGCAUUUUUUGGAUUUGGGUACCUGGCCAUGUUGGUAUACGUGGCAAUGUGAUGGCAGACGAAGCUGCUAAAAGAGCCACGGGAGUGAGACAUGUGGACGUUCAGGUAGUGAGGCAUCUGGACCUAAAAGCAGCUUUAAGAGCAGCAUUAGUACACCCUAAACCAUGGAGACCACCACUAUACUUCUCAGUAGGAUUGAGCGAGUGA